AUGUCUACCAAGGUUCACCCCCCGGCUGUUACUUCACCAUCUCAAACUGAACAAGAGCAGCAUAACAUAGAUCUUUGCAAAGAGUACAUGCGCAUCGCUUACUCGCCCACUGAAAACAAGGGCGCAUCGUCAGUUCAGCAUCUGUGCCACUCAGACAGCUGGUUCUGGGCACCUGCGACAUUCCCAGGCUGCGAGACGCCGAUGGACUAUGCAGACUCUCACUCAACAGUCAUGGCCAGCGUAGCUGACCUUGAGAUCAUCCGGUUCGAUCAAUCAUGGGCCAAAGAUGGACAUGUUCUGCUGAGAUACACAGCCCAGGGCAGUCAUUGCGGAGAGCCGUACAAUGGUAUCGAGAAGACCGGCAAACAUGCGCGGUGGUGUGCCGCAGCGAUAUUCGAAGUCGAGGAUGGAAAGAUUAGGAGCUUUACAAAGGACUGGGAUCAAAAGACCAUGCAGGCAAGGAGUCCGUUUUAUCAAGUCCACCAUGGUACUAACCUGUAUUCAGAUUCAGCUCGGAUGGGCGCCUGUACAACAGAGUGA